CACUUUUACUUUGCUUUCUCUGUCGUUCAUUCUUUACCACAAAUAAGCAGUUUGUUUCACCUCAGGGUGUGUUUUACCUGAGGGUGUGUUCCUUUGGAGACAUUCAGUCUUGACAAACAAAGAGUAUAGAGUCAGCGAGGUAAGAAGAUUAAGAUGCCAUUUUACAGGAACUAAUAGAUCGAAUAAUCACAUCAUGGUGCAUGUGGUAGAACAAAAAAUGCAAUGAUUCAUUCGUGUCCUGGGACUUGAGUGGAUUUAAGAGGGCAAGGAUACACCUGUUAAAUAUGGAGAUAUAUAUGAAACCAUAACAUUCAGUUCCUUUUUCCUGGUCCAGAAACAGGAAGUGGGAUGGGUCGUGUGUACCUUAUAGAGCCAGUGGUAGGCUUGUAUGUUUACCCGCUGCUCCAGCAGUAUGUGUACCGUAGACUGUGGCUUCAGCUGAGCGGCACGCCCUACCCGGCCGAAAGUCUGUCUCACUGCUCAAACAACCACACCAAUGUGUCCAUACAUGAGGCAGUACAGAAGGAGACGUCUAUUUUUCUUCUCCAAUGUGAACUUUUCUUCCUCUUCCCCAGUCUUGUAUCUGCCUUGCUCCUGGUCUCAUACAGCGACUACCGUGGGCGUAAAGUGGCCAUCAUUCCCCCCCUUGUAGGUGAUGCUCUAUUCACCCUGAGCUAUGUUAUAGUCAGCCGGUACUCCUUUAACCUUAAAUACCUGCUAGCUUCCUCCUUCCUAACCGGCAUGAUGGGAGGACCCACGUCUCUGAUCGGAGGAUGUUUCGCCUAUGUGGCCGACCUCUGCGGAGAAGAUCCAGAGGGACGCAAGACUGUCCGAAUGGCUCGUCUAGACAUGAUUCUCGAGUCCCUGGUUUUGUCUACAUCCAACCCAACCAAUGAUGUUCCUCGGGUACAUGGGUCUCAAGCUUUGGCCGCUCGCUUGCAGGGUGUUUACUUACUGUUUGCGGCUUCCACGCGGAGAAGGAACGUAGUGCUGUUGCUCCUGCUUACCGCUUUUGCGUUUUAUAAGUUCUCCAUACAGGGUGGCAUGUCUAUCUUUAUUUUGUAUGAAUUAAACACUCCCCUGUGUUGGAGCGAGGUGCUGGUGGGAUACGGCUCGGCUCUCUCCACCGCAAUCUUCCUGGUCAGUUUUGCCGGUGUGGCGCUGCUAUCACGCUGUCUGCGUGAUGGCUACAUCAUCCUGUUGGGCCUGAUGUCUGUGGCAGCCGGCCUCAUCAUGACAGCGUUUGCAAAGACUACCCUGCUUAUGUUCCUGGUUCGACUGCCUUUGCUGCUGUCUAUAAUGCCGAUACCUGUCCUUCGAUCCAAGAUGUCCAAAUUAGUGGCUGGAUCGGAACAAGGUGCCAUGUUUGCUUGUGUAGCCUUUGUGGAGAUUCUGAGUGCUGGCGUUUCAUUUGCGAUGUUCAGCAGCAUCUACGCAGCAACACUGUCCUGGUUUUCCGGGUUUACCUUUCUGUUGGCUGCGAGCUUCAGUCUUAUACCAGCUACACUGAUAUGUGUUGUUCUAUGUCUGCGUCUGGAUGAAUAUGAGGAAUCCAACAUACUUAUAGAAGAUAAUAACACAGAAAUCUUUGAGCUGCCACCAUGAAAAAUGGGGAAUUCCUGAUGAACACUUUGGAUUUCAACACUUUUCCAUCUCUGGUGUAAGCUUCCAGUGCUACAGUGAUUUGAUAAAUGCAAUGUAAAAGUUGUCUGUUUGGUACCUCAAGUCAAUGGUGCAACAUGGUUACAGAACCAAUCAACAUCUAUUUAAGACUACUUAUUCUUGAAGGUAAAUGUGACUAUGGACAUUUAAAAAUAGAAAAAAUAAGAUUUAGAUUUUAUUUUGCACAGAGGACAUUUACAUGUAACUUUGUAUGUAUUUGGCAUAUUACUUUUG